AUGAUCGAAUACAAACAUUAUGGUCUGAUACGUGAUCGAAUCAAACGUGGCCUACACAUCAACUUUGACCACAAUGCCGUCUUGUCCAUAUGUAUUUCAAGAAACAUUGAUCAGGAUACAUUCGACACUGUGUACAAGAGAUAUCAAUCAUACUUUGACAAGAGCAAUUCAUAUUACAAUGCAAUCAAACAUGAUAAUUUGGUUGUCGUGAAGACAUUGUUCCAUCAGACCUAUCCCGUGACCUUUGAACGAGUCGAUCUGUUACUCAAGUUUGCAUUGUUGGGCGAUGGCUUCAGUGUGCUCAAGUACUUUAUGGACUCUGGACUGUUUAACAACAGCAUCUUGUGGCAGAAGGUGAAUGAAAGUGAUCAGAUGUACUGGGACAAAGUGUACAGGGCACCUCCCUCGUCCAUUCGACAUAUACUUGAUCUAGGCCACUUUCCACAACCACUCAUUGAUCAUAUCAAGUCACUUGCCAAUCAAUAUGUAUUCGAUCUGAUGUUGAAAGGAGAUCUACAACUGAUCAAUGAUCUAAUGUUCAAGGAUGGAGUCAGGCUGUUUGGAGGACCCAUCACAAGUAAGAUGUUGUUGCCCUUCGACUUCCCACCAGCUGAGCAACUGGCACACUUCCAACGAAUGUUGCCAAACUCCACAACCGCCACCUCGGCCGAGACGAGCGAUGUGAUUGCAAAGUCAAAAGAGCGAGUGACGAAGAUAUCAAUCCCGAAAGAGUACAUUGAUCAUCAUGGACUGGACAUUGGCGAUGAUGCACGUACGAUCUUUGUCAAACUCAACAAUCUGGCGAUUGAUUUGAAGGGUGAUAUUCGUGAUGAACUUGGACUGGCCUCGUACACCGUCUCCCAAUACAUCAUCACUGGUGACUACAUGCUCUUGCCACACAUGAUAUCCACUCACAUCAAGUGGCCCCCAACAAGAUUUCACAAUACUGUUGGAGAUGUUAAUGAACUUUUCAGGCUGAUUAUCAUACAAGGCAAUAUUAUCCAGGCACUGGUAUCAUACGAGAUCUUGAACAAUAUGUUUGAGAGUCUGCCUCAAGAUGACGAGAAUCGUCCAACACCAGCAUCAUCAUUCCCAUCAAAUUCAUUUUAUUAUUCAUUGUUCAACAAUUUUGUAAAGGCCAAUGACAUGACAAAGAGUCAUCCAAUCAUCCAAUACUUCAUCAGCAAGAACAGGAAUCAUCGACCAAUUCCCAAGGACCAUGAAGAAGAUUAUUUCCGAGGAACACAAAGUUUGAAAUAUUGUUUAAUGUCUGGUUCAAACUACCAUAGCCUAUGUACCGAGAUGGGAAAUGUCGUCCUCCAGCUCCACCACAUUGAACAAUUGAUCCGAGACCAUCCCGAGCUUCUUGGCAGGACCAACUUUGCACUCAUGGUUCAGGUAGUGGCAUUCUAUGGUCGAGCCGACUUGCUCCAGGCACUCAUUGAUCGUGCUCCACAUAAUUGUAUCAAGAAGACAAUAGGGGAUAAAAUGGCCAAUGACAAAUAUUCAACAAGUCGUAGCUUGGAUGUCAUCAAACUGUUUGGCAAUCAUCGAGUGCUCAAGUUUGGCACUGACACGAAUAUGAUCAAAAGUGGACUCUUUGGAGAUUUGGACAUGUUUGAUUAUCUUGGAGUACAUUGCCAACUUCAUGGAGGACAAGAAGGCGCAAAGUCGAUUGUUUGUGACCAUUGUGUUGGAGUCUGCCAUCCUCAAUCAUCGUGUUGA